UACCCUGUGCUCCCGGGGACCGGGCAGGCGCGCUCCCGGCAGCCAGAAUUCCCCUAAACACCUCUGUCGGCGCUGUUCUCUGGAAAGCGAAUCGUGACAGACGAAUUGCAGCGGCGGACUGUAAACAUGGCGGCGUGCACAGCUACAGGGUUGUGCCGAACACCCCGUUACUAUUAGUCUAAGAGACGGAGACACCCCGAAAAUGGAGACCGAAGAGGAGCAGCACAUAACCACGCUCCUCUGCAUGGGCUUUCCGGAUCCCGACGUGAUAAGAAAAGCGCUGCGGCUGGCAAAGAAUGACAUCAACGAGGCGGUGGCGCUCCUGACCAACGAAAGCCCCGGUCUCGGGUACGGAUACGAGCCGAUGGAGAGUGUGCCUUCCCCCGGCUUGGGCACGAGUGGAGACGGGGAAAACAGCGGGCGGACCGGAACGGGUGGAUUCGACCCCCCUCCAGCAUACCACGAUGUAGUGGACAGCGAGAGGCGCAAAUGCGAGGCAGAAGUGAAGGGCAAAGCGGCCGAGCAGAGCGGUUUCCCAAUGACCGCCGUGGCCGUCCUCCCAGAGGGAAGGCAAGAAUCAAACAGCCCCCUGUGCCAGAAGCCAUUUCGGAGCAACGACGAGAACGGGAACUGCUCCGGAGGCAGCAUGGAGUUCCCCACCACCAACCUGUACGAGCUGGAGAGUCGCGUCUUCACCGACCACUGGUCCAUACCCUACAAGAGGGAGGAGUCCCUGGGCAAGUGUCUCAUCGCCUCCACCUGCCUGGCUCGGCACGGGCUGGCCGACGCCGACGAGAACUGCAAGCGCUUCAUGGAGCGGUGCAUGCCCGAGGCCUUCAAAAAGCUGUUGACCAGCAGCGCCGUGCACAAGUGGGGCACCGAGAUCCACGAGGGAAUCUACAACAUGCUGAUGCUGCUGGUGGAGCUGGUCGCCGAGAGGGUGAAGCAGGACCCCGUGCCUGUCAACCUGAUGGGGGUCCUGACCAUGGCCCUUAACCCCGAUAAUGAGUAUCACUUCAAGAACCGGAUGAAGGCUUGCCAGAGGAACUGGGCGGAAGUCUUCGGAGACGAGGCCAACAUGUUUGCCGUCUCCCCAAACACCUACCAGAAAGAGCCUCAUGGUUGGCUGGUCGACUUAAUUAAUCGAUUCGGAGAGCUGGGAGGACUCACUGCCAUCCAGACGAAGCUCCACACUGAGGAAAUCGAGAUCGCUCUGCAGGGGCACGAAUGCCCCCCCACCCCCCUCCACCUAUGCGUGUCGGCUCUUGUCCAGCCUCUCGGAGUCUGUGCCGAGUACCUCAACUCAAGCCUCGUGCAGCCCAUGCUCGAUCCGGUCAUUCACAAGAUGAUCACAUAUGUGCAGAAUCUGGAGGAGAAGGACCUUAAAGACAAGCGUCUGGUGAGCAUCCCGGACCUGCUGUCGGCCAUCAAGCUGCUGUGCAUGCGGUUCCAGAGGGAGCUGGUGGCCGUGGUGGACGACCUGCGUCUGGACACUCUGCUCCGCAUGCUCAAAACGCCACACUUCUCCACCAAGAUGAACUCCCUCAAAGAGGUCAGUCGUCAAAGGGGGGCUUGGGGAAGGCCGGGGCACCUGUUUCCCACCCUGCCUCACGCACACCUGUCCCUGCAGGUGACCAAGUUAAUAGAGGAGAGCACGGUGUCCAAGACGGUGAAGAACGCCAUCGACACCGACAAGCUGCUCGACUGGCUGGUGGAGAACUCGGUCCUGUCAAUAGCACUGGAAGGAAACAUCGACCAGGCUCAGUACUGUGAAAGGAUUAAGGGAAUCAUUGAGCUGCUGGGGAGCAAGCUGUCGCUGGACGAACUCUCCAAGAUCUGGAGAAUACAGGCCGGACAAUCAUCGACCGUGAUAGAGAACAUUCACACAAUAAUCGCCGCCGCCGCUGUGAAGUUCAGCUUUGACCAGCUCACCCACCUCUUUGUCCUCAUCCAAAAGAGCUGGGAGGUGGAGAGUGACCGCGUCAGGCAGAAGCUGCUCAGCCUGAUCGGGAGAAUAGGCCGGGAGGCUCGCUCCGAAACCACAACAGGAAAGGUGCUGGAGGUGCUGUGGGAGCUUGCCCACCUCCCCACCCUGCCUACCAGCCUCGUUCAGCAGGCACUGGAGGAACACCUCGGGAUUCUGAGUGACGCUUAUGCCGUCAAGGAGACUGUAAAACGCAGUUACAUCAUCAAAUGCAUCGAGGAUAUAAAGAAGACUGACAGUCAGGAGGACAGUAAAGGCAGCGUCACACUAAGCUCAUUUCACAUUGGCACUUGGGGCAAGAAGAAAUCUAACUCUGUGGCUAAAGCCUCUCAGCAGAGCAGUCCUCAGGCGGUCUGGGUCGUCCCGGCGCUCCGGCAGCUCCACGAGAUCACCCGUUCUUUUAUCAAGCAGACCUACCAGAAACAAGACAAGAGCAUCAUCCAGGACUUGAAGAAGAACUUCGAGAUAGUCAAGCUGAUCACGGGAUCCCUGGUGUGCUGCCACCGGCUGGCCGUGACGGCUUCGGGUAACAUCGGCCUCUCCAGCUCCACCCUGGUGGACGGGAGGUACACCUACCAGGAGUACCUGGACGGCCACCUGCGCUUCCUGGCGUUUUUCCUCCAGGAGGCCAGCGUGUACCUGGCCUGGAACAGAGCCAAAGAGCUGUGGGAGUGCCUGGUGUCCGGGCCGGAUGUCUGCGAGCUCGACCGUGAGAUGUGUUUCGAGUGGUUCACCAAAGGACAGCAUGACCUCGAGAGUGACGUCCAGCAGCAGCUUUUCAAGGAGAAGAUCCUGAAACUGGAGCCCUACGAGAUCACCAUGAAUGGUUUCAACCUUUUCAAGACCUUCUUCGAGAACGUCAAUCUGUGCGACCAUCGUCUGAAACGCCAGGGAACCCAGCUGUGCGUGGAACGCCUCGACCUGGCGGGGAUGGAUUUUAUUUGGCGCAUCGCCAUGGAAACGCCUGACGAAGAAAUUGCCAACGAGGCGAUCCAGCUCAUUAUCACAUACAGCUACACCAACCUCAAUCCCAAAAUGAAGAAGGAUUCUGUGUCUUUGCACAAGAAGUUCAUUGCUGAUUGCUACAAGCGGCUAGAGGCUGCGAGCUCGGCCCUUGGUGGGCCCACUUUAACACAUGCCGUAACUAAGGCAACCAAGAUGCUGACGGCCACCGCCAUGCCGACGGUGGCCACGUCUGUACAAUCACCAUCCAGGUACAGAGGGGGGUUUGGAUCCACGAAGCUGGUGAUAAUUGAGAGACUGCUGCUACUGGCUGAACGCUACGACAUGUACUCAGUUCCUCGCACCAUUCUACCUCAUGGGGCCUCGUUCAAUGGACACCCGAUCACUCUUCACAUCACCUACGAGUCAACCAAAGACACCUUCACCUUAGAGACCCACAGCAACGAGACGAUAGGAAGUAUCCGGUGGAAGAUAUCGGAGCACCUGAGCUGUCCGGUGGAUAAUGUCCAGAUCUUUGCCAAUGAUAGUGUGCUGACCAUGAACCGGGAUCAGAAGCUGCUGUCCCAGCUCGGCUUCAGCGACGAGCAGAGUCUGACCGUCAAGAGCUCGGGGACGGGCACUCCCUCCGGCAGCUCCGAGUCUUCAGCAUCCGCCUCCAGCAGCUCCAGCUCCGCCGUCUUCAACUCCGCCUACGCCCUGGAGCAGGAGAAGUCCCUGCCCGGGGUGGUGAUGGCCUUAGUCUGCAAUGUCUUUGAGAUGCUUUACCAGCUGGCCAACCUGGAUGAGUCCAGGAUCACUCUCCGUGUGAGAAAGCUGCUGCUACUGAUUCCAACCGAUCCUGAAGUGCAGGACGCUCUCGAUAACUUUGUUCCCAAAGAAUCCAGCGUCUGGAGCCACCAGAAGACACUUUUCACCCUGGGUCAGGGCGCAGGCUCUCGUUCUCCAUCCAUGACCUCCAAGCAGCAGCAUCAGCCCAGUGCAGCGUCCAUCCUGGAGUCCCUUUUCAGAUCCUCUGCGCCUGGGAUGUCAACAUUCAGAGUGCUUUACAAUCUUGAGGUAUUGAGUUCAAAGCUCAUGCCCACAUCAGAUGAUGAGAUGGCCAAAACCAGCAGCAAGUCCUUCUGUGAGAACUUCCUUAAAGCCGGAGGUCUUAGUCUGGUGGUGAAUGUUAUGCAGAGAGAUUCCAUCCCUUCUGAAGUGGACUACGAGACCAGACAAGGGGUCUAUUCAAUUUGCCUGCAAUUGGCCAGGUUCCUGCUUGUGGGCCAGAGCAUGCCUGCAGCGCUGGAUGAUGAUGUCAUCAGGGACGGCGAUGCGCUUUCGUCCCGGCCGUUCCGUAACGCGGGACGAGCAGGGCGGCAGCUGUCUCUGUGCGGGACUCCCGAGAAGUCCUCCUACAGGCAGAUGUCUCUGUCCGAGCGCUCGUCCAUCCGGGUCGAAGAGAUCAUACCUGCCGCCCGCGUUGCUAUCCAGACCAUGGAAGUGGGGGACUUUACUUCCACCGUGGCCUGCUUCAUGCGUCUGACCUGGGCGGCCGCAGCCGGCCGUCUAGACCUGGUAGGAAGCCCGCAGCCAAUAAGAGAGACCCACUCCUCGCUCCUGCCGCAGGGAGUCCGCACCAGGGUCAGCAGCACCGGUAAGAAGGACAGCUUCCUGUUCCUGUAUCCGCCGCUAAAAGAGAAACGCCAAGAACAGAAAGGAGAGCAAACCUCCUUUGUGUUUGCAGGCAGCAACUGUAGCUCCAGCAGCGAGGGCGAGACCACGCCCACGGCGCUGCACGCCGGGAUCUGUGUCCGACAGCAGAGCGUCUCCAUCAAGGACGCCAUCAUCGCACGCGAGGCCCUGUCUCUGCUGGUCACCUGCCUGCAGCUACGCUGCCAGCAGCUGUGUUCGUUUUACAACCUCCCCGCUGUGAGUGAUUUCAUCAUUGACAUUCUGCUGGGAUCGCCCAGCGGAGAGAUCCGCCGUGUGGCUUGUGAUCAGAUGUACACCCUGAGCCAAUCUGACACCUCAGCCUUCCCCGAAGUCCAGAAACCAAAUUUGUUCCUCCUCUCAGUCAUUUUAACUGCUCAGCUGCCACUGUGGAGUCCCACAUCUGUAAUGAGAGGCAUCAAUCAAAGGCUGCUGUCCCAGUGCACGGAGUACUUCGACCUUCGGUGUCAGCUCCUGGACGACCUCACCACUUCAGAGAUGGAGGUAUUAAAGGUGAGCGCAGCCACCAUGCUGGAGGACGAGAUCUCCUGGCUGGACAACUUCGAGCCCAGCUGGAGCUCUGAGAUGGAGACCAGCGAGGCAGACAACAUCCUGCUGGCAGGACACCUCCGACUCAUCAAAACUUUGCUUUCGCUCUGCGGCAACGAGAAGGAGCAUCUCGGUCCAUCUCUGAUCCAGCAAUUGUUAGAUGACUUCCUGUUUCGAGCCUCCCGCAUCAUCAUCAACAGUUCCAACCCUACGCCCUCCCCGGCCCCAAGCCACGACUUCCACCCCAAGUGCAGCACGGCCAGCAGCAGACUGGCCGCCUACGAGGUGCUGGUGAUGCUGGCAGACAGCUCGCUCUCCAACCUGCGCCUCAUCACCAAAGAGUUGCUGUCUAUGCACCACCAGUCCGACCCCUCCCUGGGCAAGGAGUUCGACUACCUCCCGCCUGUGGAGAGCCGGUCGGUGUCAGGUUUUGUGGGGCUGAAGAACGGUGGAGCCACGUGUUACAUGAACGCUGUGUUCCAGCAGCUUUACAUGCAGCCGGGCCUCCCCGAGGCUUUCCUAUCCAUCGAGGAUGACACAGAGCAGCCAGAGGAGAGUGUCUUUUAUCAGGUCCAGUCUUUGUUUGGCCACCUGAUGGAGAGCAAGCUUCAGUACUACGUGCCAGAGAACUUCUGGAAGAUCUUCAAGAUGUGGAACAAGGAGCUGUAUGUGCGAGAGCAGCAGGACGCAUACGAGUUCUUCACCAGCCUGGUGGACCAGCUGGAUGAGCAUCUCAAGAAAAUGGGUCGAGAGCAAAUCUUCAAAAACACAUUUCAGGGAAUUUUCUCCGACCAGAAGAUCUGCAAAGACUGCCCACACAGAUACGAGCGUGAGGAAACGUUCAUGGCCCUGAACCUGGGGGUGACCUCCUGCCAGAGCCUGGAGAUCUCAUUAGACCAGUUUGUCAGAGGGGAGGUGCUGGAGGGCAGCAACGCUUACUACUGCGAGAAGUGCAAGGAAAAGAGGACCACGGUCAAGAGGACGUGCAUCAAAUCACUGCCCAGUGUUCUCUGCAUUCACCUCAUGCGCUUCGGCUUUGACUGGGAAAGCGGCCGCUCCAUCAAAUACGAUGAGCAGAUAAGGUUCCCCUGGGUGUUGAACAUGGAGCCCUACACCGUCUCCGGAAUGGCUCGUCAGGACUGCAGCGGCGAGGGAAGCGAAGGCCGAGGCGACGGGACGUCCGGCGGUUCCCCCAGGAAGAAGGUCACCAUCUCGGAGAACUACGAGCUGGUGGGCGUUGUGGUCCACAGCGGCCAGGCACACGCCGGUCACUACUACUCCUUCAUUAAAGACAGGCGCGGGAAUGCUCGCGGGCGCUGGUACAAGUUCAACGACAACGUCGUGGAAGAGUUCGACAUGAACGAUGAAACGUUGGAGUAUGAGUGCUUCGGCGGCGAGUACCGGCCCAAAGUUUACGACCAGUCCAACCCUUACCCUGACGUGCGGAGAAGGUACUGGAAUGCCUACAUGCUGUUUUAUCAGAAGAUUAGCGACCAGAACUCGCCCGUCCUGCCCAAGAAAAGCCGAGUCAGCAUCAUGAGGCAGGAGGCCGAGGAUCUUACGCUGUCGGCUCCCUCCUCCCCUGACGUUUCCCCGCAGUCGUCCCCCCGACCCCCGAGAGCCAACAACGACCGCCUGACCCUCCUCACCCGCCUGGUCCGAAAGGGGGAGAAGAAGGGCCUGUUUGUAGAGAAGAUGCCGGCCAGCAUUUACCAGAUCGUGAGAGACGAGAACCUGAAGUUCAUGAGGAACAGAGACGUGUACAACAGCGACUACUUCAACUUCAUUCUCUCCUUGGCCUCAGUCAACGCCACGAAGCUAAAGCACCCCGACUACCAGCCCAUGGCCAAAGAAAGCCUGCAGCUGGCCGUUCACUUCCUCUUCCACACCUACCUGCACACCAAAAAGAAACUCCGGGUGGACACAGAGGAGUGGAUGGCGGCGGUGGAGGUGUUGCUGUCCAAGAGCAGCAAGGCGUGCCAGUGGAUGGUGCAGUACCUGGUGGGAUCAGAGGGGAGAGAAAUCAUCAGGGUGUGCCUGUUGGAGUGCAGUGUUCGAGAGGUGAGGAUCGUGGUGGCGUCCAUCCUCGAAAAGACUCUGGAGAGCGCGCUGCUCUUCGGAGACCCGGGACUGGACAAUUUAACCGAUGCCCUUCUCUCCCUGCUGGACAAAGACGUGGCUGAAAAUGUGAAAAACUGCGCGCAGUACUUCAACCUCUUCAGUAACUUUGCUCAAAGGGGUUGCGGCCCCUGCCAGUUGUUGCUGAAGCACUCCGCUUAUCGUCGGAUGCUCAUCUUCCUGUUGGGGCCCAAUAGGCAGAACAACCAGAAUCGUCGGUGGAGUCCCGCUCAGGCUCGGGAGUUUCUCCACCUACACAGCACUCUGGCCCUCAUCACGCUGCACUCUGACCUCGGCGCCCAGCGGACCCACGCCCCGGGAGGGUUUAAGCUGCAUGUGAACACCGUCCCGUCCUCCACCUCUCUCCUCCCCCUUCAUGCUGACAUUCUGGCAUCUCUCUUCACCCCAGAGGGACAGCCGUACCUCCUGGAGGUGAUGUUUGCCAUGCGGGAGCUGUCCGGGCCUUUGUCUCUUAUGAUAGAAAUGGUGACUUACAGCUCAUACUGUAACGAGCCCUUCUCCCUGGGAGUGCUGCAGUUACUUAAGGCCCAGCUGGAGACGGCUCCACCUCAUGAGCUGAAGAACAUUUUUCAGAUGCUGCAGGAGCUACUUGUGAGUAAUGGAGCAUCAGAUGACCGAACCCCGGCCAGCAGCUGGACACACGCUUCCUGGUCGAAGGCCCCUUCCGUGGGCUAG